GGCGGCGCGCGGGGGGCGGGCAGGCGCGGGGCGCGCGGCGGGCUGGGCUGGGCUGGGAGCGGGCGGCGGGGGAAGAUGGAAGGAGCCUCCUUCGGAGCCGGCCGGGCCGGGGGGGCCGUGGACCCCGUGGAUUUCCUGAAGCAGCCGCAGACCAUCCUCCGGGUGACCACCUGGAUCUUCUCCAUCGUGGUGUUUGGCUCCAUCGUGAACGAGUGCUACGUGAACAAGGACGGCCCCGAGCUGCUCUGCAUCUUCAAUGAGAAUGAGAGUGCCUGCAGCUACGGCAUCGCCGUGGGUCUCAUUGCCUUCUUUGGCUGUAUCUUCUUCUUUGUGGUGGACCUCUACUUCCAGCAGAUCAGCAGCGUGAAGGACCGCAAACGGGCCGUCCUGCUGGACCUGGGCUUUUCAGGUUUCUUGUCCUUCCUGUGGUUUGUAGCCUUCUGCUUCCUAGCAAACCAGUGGCAGCGGACGACGAUGAGCAAAGCAGUUUCUCAAGGAGCAGAUGCCGCCCGGGCAGCAAUCACCUUCUCCUUCUUCUCCAUCAUUGUCUGGGUGGCACUGGCGGGGCGGGCCCUGCAGAGAUACCGCCUGGGGACCGACAUGUCGCUCUUUGCCACCGACCAGUUCCCAGCCGAGCCCGGCGCCGCCUACCCCGGGUACCCUGCAGGCAGCGGCAUCGAGAGCACAGAGACCUACCAGAGCCCCCCCUUCAGCGAGACCUCCGAGGCCAACCCCAAAGGUUACCAAGUGCCAGCCUACUGAGGGGCCGGGGCCUGCGGCGCCCGGGACCGGUUGAUUGCAAAUGUAUUCAGUCCCAUUUCCUUCAUGUGGCAAGUCAGUGCUGGGUCCCUUACUAUUAGCUAGUUGUGCAGUGAAUUCUGUACGGUGGUAUUGGUUCUUGUCUUACCUGUCCAAGGGUUUCCUAAAAGCAGUGUUCCCUCUAAGUCAGAAGGAAGGUAGGUAGGAAGGAAGGUUGCUACCACAUCACCGACACGUGGCAAAAGGUGAACAAAUGUCCUCUCUGAGGCUUGACACUGGGCUCUGCUGAGCACCUGGCAAAGCCCCAAAUACCCUUUCCUGUUAGAAAACACAGUAGCUGAGCUGUUGUUAUUUAUCUCAUUCUUCCAGAGCUAAUACAGAAUAAGUCUUGGGAUGGUGAGGGUGGGUGGGUGGUGUCCCCUGUGGUGCUCCCACUGCAGAGCUUUCCUGUCCACGUUCCCUGGAAAGUGCCAAAUUCACAAAGAAAUAAGUGGGGUCUGUGUUAUUUUUAUAUAUUUACUGUACAAAAAGACAGGUGUUUCAAACCUAGCUUAGGAUGCAAGUGGCAUGGUGGGGCACAGCGGGUUAGGGCUAUCUUGAGUGUCCAUAUUGCUUCUACACUUCAACGGGGUUGAGGAUGUAAAAAGUUAGUUUGAAACUGGAAAGCAGUUCAGCAAUAGUUGGCUGCUAAUUAGGACUAGCCCAUGAUCAGUGGAAAACAGGGCGUGUUGCAGUUCUACUUCUUCACCAGGGGGUUGGGAGAGUUUGCAGAUGUACAGAUUGUUUCUGUUUGGCACCGCUGAGCAGUUCCUCACACUCAAACCCAGAGCUGCCAAGACCAAAGCAGUGGGAAUCUCGGCAGCUCCAAGUCCAUUAGGAGCAGCAUUGAGCUGGUAUUUUUACACUGGGAGCAGCCACCAUCUGUUGGCAGUAGAACCUCAGGGGGGAACAGACAUUUCACCUGAGGAAUUCAGAUGAAGAAGUGGAAAGACUCCAUGGGCCGUUGAAGUCCAUCAGGUGGGGGCUCAUGGCCCCGGGUUUGCAAAUAGUGGGAGCAGAGGGUGAGUGAAAAGCUCCCAGGGAAGAGGCUCAGCUGGGGCUUUCAGCUGCAAAACUCCUGCUUGGUAAAAACCAACUUAAUCUGCAAAACCCAAUACAUCCUUGUCAAGAAUCUGCCUGCUUCCCUUGCCCGUCUGCCUGUGUGGCAGCUGAGCUGGGCUCUUUGUCACUGAGGACUGAGCAGAGGAGCUGAAACUUGAAUUCCUGACCACCCUGGUGCAGCUCCAUCCUCAAGAGAUCUCCGGCAUUCCUGGCUCUCUGCAGCCAGGAGCUGGGCUUUCAUCUUGUUGGUUUACACUGACCAAGUUCUCCUCACCUCGUGACAAGCAAUAGUUACCAGGCUGCCCCAGCUCUCCUUGUAGCAAAACCAUCCUGCAGUUGUUCAGUCCUCAUUAACAGAGCUCAUCCCUGCUGCUAAAUUGCAAAUAAAUGCAUUAAUGAAUGAGCAGCACGUCUCAGCACGAGCGGUCACUGUCAGGGACAAAGUGUUACUUGAAUCCCCUGCUUUCCAAGUGACACUUGCAGCGAGGGGUUGGCCUUGCUGGUGCUGAGCUCCUCUCGCUCCCUCUGGAUGUCG